AUGUCGGAUAACAUCGAAACUCCCGUGUCCCGCCGUCUGGCAUCGGUGAAGAAUAUCGUUAUAGUACUUUCUGGUAAAGGUGGAGUUGGUAAAUCCUCCUCAUCAGUCCAACUCGCAUUAUCGCUACUUUCCCUUUCACCUACCACACGAGUCGGACUGUUAGAUUUGGAUAUUACAGGACCGUCAUUACCUCGAAUGGUCGGAUUAGAUAUCCCCGAAGCUACCGUACAUCAAUCUUCGGCAGGAUGGGUACCUGUAUAUGUCGAUCAAGGGAGAAGAUUAGGUGUUAUGAGUAUUGGUUUUUUAUUGAAAGAUAGAGGUGAUAGUGUAGUUUGGAGAGGUCCUAAGAAAGAUGGAAUGAUAAGACAAUUCUUAAGUGAAGUCAGAUGGGGUGAAUUAGAUUAUUUAGUUGUCGAUACUCCUCCAGGAACAUCCGAUGAACAUAUAUCAUUAUUAACGCAUCUACAUCCAUUAUUCACACCAAACAUCAGUCGGCCUACCACUCCCACAAGUAUAUUGAUAACUACACCUCAGACUACAGCUUUGAACGAUACUAUUAAAUCAUUAUCUUUCACUCGUAAAUUACAAUUACCAGUCAUGGGAUUAGUUGAAAAUAUGUCAGGAUACGUUUGUCCUUGUUGUGGUGAAAUAAGUGAUACAUUCGGUAAAGGUGGUGGAGAACAAAUGGCCAAAAAUCAACAAAUCAAUUUCUUGGGUAAAGUACCAAUUGAUACAGUAUUAGUUAAAUUACUAGAUAGUGUUAGUAAAGGGGAAUUGAUCGGUCAAGGUGCUAUCGAUGCGAAAAUAGAAGCUGAAGCUCAGGCUGAUGAAACUGCAACUGUAAUUGGAGAAGGUUCCGGUCCGAAGGAUAACACAACAAGGGAAGGAGACAAGGAAACAUCGAUCACUGGCGGUCAGGUCCUUACACCUGCGGAAGAAUUCCCCUUAUUAGAUAGGUACAACGAGACUGCAAGUUCACAAGUAUGGAAAGGAAUUACAGAUAAAUUAGUCUCACAGAUCGAUGAGAGGAGAAGUUCAAUAAGGCAGAAAUUACAAACCAAUUGA